AUCAUGGGAGUCACGGGUCAAAUUAGCCUACAUUUGUCUGCGGAACACAGAGAUUCACAGACAGAUGUAAAAGAAAUCCCAGUUUAAAACAACGUGCCAAAGUUGUGUUCUGUCUGUAACUACCAUCGACACCUAUAAAGCCUCGCUCCACAAAAAUAUAUUUACACAUACGACCAACAAUAAACAAAAUCCCCCCGCUCUCUUCGAUAAUCAUGGUGACCUUAGUGGUAGCAACCACCACGGAUCCCGCCUCUCUGGGGCCCGCCAAAGCCCUUUUAGCCAUGCCCGGUUGGCAACCUGGCCCCACCUUUCAGGGUGUGAGCAGUUUCUUGAAUGGAGAGGUGAGGUUAUUACAGCAUGAUCAAGGGAUUGUUGAAGAGGAUGAUUUGGACAGGAGAUGGGAAGAGGUUACUGGUCAGGUUGUUGAUGAAAUUAUGUUUCUUAGCAAACACAUUGCUGUUUCUAAUCGCCCUGCUCUCACUCUACAUCCCAUUGGAAUACCACAUUUGAAAGAUGGAGAUGUUCCUCCACAAGGUGGCAAGCCUGGAUGGGCUGCCUUGCCCAGUCCUCGAAUGGGACCAUGGCUUUUGCUCUUAAAGAAGAUUGCGCAGUCUCAUAACCUAGUUCCUGAAUUUGAGAUUACUUUGGAAGCUACUCAUCAUGGGCCUGUAACCAGUAAACCAACACUGUUUGUAGAGAUUGGUAGCACAGAAGAGCAAUGGAAGAGGCAGGAUGCUGCUAAUGUCAUAGCUCAAUUAGUUUGGGAAGGACUUGGGCUUGGAGGAGCUGAUGCAGUAGGCAACUGGAACAGCAAAUCUGGGAGUAACAAAGUCCUCCUUGGAUUAGGAGGUGGGCAUUAUGUACCUCGGCAUAUGGAUAUUGUUUGGAAAAAAGGUGCAUGGGUUGGGCAUCUGCUCUCUGGAUAUGCCUUGCCGAUGGAAGAUCCUAGCCAAGCAAAAGUAGAUACAAAUUCAAAAGAUAUUGGAGGGACUUGGAAGGUGGCUAUCAAAGUUUCCUAUGAGGCUACAAAAGCAGCUUUCCCGGGAGGAGAAAUUUUAGCUCAUCUUGAUCAAAAGAGUUUCAAGGGUUGGCAAAAGAAUGCCAUUACUGAGUAUCUACAUGAAAUGGAUAUCAGAAUUGGAAAGCCAGGGGAUUUUUGAGUAGUGCUUAUGGAGACUCUUCUUACAAUUAUCCAAGACGCCAUGUUAUUUUGCAAGCCAGCGAUCACACCAACUUAUAUAUAGUCCCCCCUUAUCAAAUUUUAAUUUUUCCCACCAGGCCUUGUGAGAAGCGUCCAUGUGGUUUUCUGCAUGAUCCUUAUAAGGUUUAAACCUGUAUUAUUCUGAUAUUUGUGGGUCAAAUUGCUGCCCAAUACAACUCCUCAAAGGUUAGUGAUUGAUAAGUAGCAUAGCGAUAUUACUACGCGCCAUCUGUUUUAGCUUACAAAUCUUAUAUAUUCAAAGCAAAAAGUAUUCGAAUGGUAUUUCUUCUACAAUUGUAUUCUCCUAGCAAGCUAAGCACAUUUCUCCAGAACUUUUAAUAUAACAGUGUUGUUGUAGACUGAGUUUUAAAUCUCAGUUUAGACAAAAAGUUUGUAUAUACACUUUUCACAAUUUUGAUCAGGACUGGUCCAAAAGAUUCGGGUGCUCUGACUGAGUUUUCGAUAUUUUUUACUGUAUAUAACACUUUUCAUAAUUUUGUAUAUCAUGUGGAAAAACUAAAUAUACGAAAUGUGAUACAGUAAUAAUACAUUCUUUUCGCUGC